CUUAGCAACGUCAGUAUUGAUGUAAUUAAGUUACUUUGUUGAUUAUGAAUAUACAUUAAAGUGAAAUAUAUUUAUUUGGUGUUGGCGUGAUAUCCAGGUGGAACUUUUGAAAAUCAGGAUAUUUCAGCCAUGGUCAUGAUAACAUGUUGUAACACAGAUAACAUGUAUUACUGUUUGCAGCGUGUAGAGAUUCGCACCAUGUCUGACCGUUGUCCAAGAUGCUCGAAAGCGGUCUACUUUGCUGAGCAACAACUAGCACUUGGCAAGAAGUACCACAAAUUAUGUUUGAAAUGUGCUAAAUGUAACAAGUUAUUAGACAGUUAUUCAUGUACAAACCAUGAGGAUGAGAUAUUUUGUAAGGCAUGCUAUGGGAAGAUGUUCGGACCAAAAGGUUAUGGGUUUGCUGGAGGGGCUGGAGGGUUAUCCAUGGACACAGGCAAACCAUAUGAGGUGACAAGAGGGAAUGUAUCAAGCUACCAACUAGCACAAGCUGCCCCUACACUAGAGAGAAAUGGAGGUGGGGGUAAAUGGGGAGGGGGCGAUGCUUGCCCCAGGUGUUGCAAACAGGUGUAUUUUGCGGAGGAGGUGAGAGCUGUUGGCAAGAAAUGGCAUAAAAUGUGUUUGUCUUGUGCCAAGUGUAAUAAGAUGUUGGACAGCACAUCGUGUACGGACCACGAAGCCGAUGUGUUCUGUAAAGCAUGUCAUACUAAAAUGUUUGGACCAAAGGGGUACGGAUUUGCUGGUGGAGCCUCGGGGUUGUCGAUGGAUACUGGGAAAUAUGGAGAAAUUACGAGAGAAAAUGUGUCAUCCUUCAGCCAGGCUCAAGCAGCACCCUUGUUAGAGAAUGGUACCGGUAAGUUUGGAGGUGGAGAAUUGUGUGCAACUUGUGGGAAAACAGUCUACUUUGCAGAGAGAGUGUUCGGGGGAAAUAGUACCUACCACAAACAGUGUUUCAAGUGUGCAGAGUGUAACAAAUCACUGGACUCCCAUACCGUGACUCAGAGGGAUAAUGAUGUCUUCUGUAAAAAUUGUUACAGUAAACAUUUUGGACCAAAAGGGUUUGGGUUUGGAUCUGCCUUACAACAUACAUAGACCUUGUGCACAUGAACUAGUGCUGAAACAUUGUUAUAGAAACAUUGUUACUGGAACAUUGUUACUGUAUUUUUGUUGUUGUUGUUUUGUUAAUAGAAUUCAUUAUUCAAAACAGAUGGGUUUUUUUUCUCUGAGGAACGGAGACUUGAACAGUCGUCAGCGACUUCUAGAGGAAAAACUUGAAGCUUGUGUUUUAUUGACAGUGUCACAUAUAAAAAAUAAUGGUUUUACGUUAUUUUGAAAAGAACUGGUAUGAAUAGUAAUUUGAAGGACCAAUCAUUUUAUGACAAUUUUAGAUUAAUUAUAAUUUAAAAAAACCACGCCCUUUGUGGUUUUAAUGCACUGUGUUUUUUCUGAUAAUUGAAACAGUAAGAAACAUAAAAUGUGGAUUUAUCCAUAAUCAGAUCCAGAGGGUAUCAGAAAUAAUGGGGUCUACACUGUCUCUUUUUCAUCUUGGUAAACAUUUGCUCUUUGUCAUAAUUGGCAACAUAUUGGAUUUAUGAUGUCUCUGGUAAAUUAACAUUGACAAUAUUGUGAAUAACAUAACAUUACAAACAAUCUGACAAUCAAAAAAUCAUACUGAGAUGAAAAGGGCUACUGCCUUGCCCUAG